AUGAACACAGCAAGCAUGCUACUUCCGUCCGCAUUUGCCUGCGAAUCUUCGCAACCAUCGACCCCCAAAACCCGAUUCCAAUCGCGAAUGCGCUUCGCAUCACCGCCUCUCUCUCCACCACCGCCAUCCUCAACAGGCAACCCACCAGCGGCUCUCAAUAACCUCUUCUCGACCUGCCGCGCACUCCAGUCCUACCUGAACCCUUCUCCGAUUCCGAGCCAACUGCCUUCACCCCCAACAACCCACGCCGAAGUGCCAGUCGCCCUAUCACCAUCACCACUCAAGCUCCGUCUGCGCACGCGCAACAAGGAUAAUGAGAGCACAGCAGCCUUGACACCGCGCAAGAGAAUCACCAAGAGAACACCGGUACAAGUGCCCAGAGGCUUAAAUAAGAGACGAAGAGAGGACGCCGACGAGAUGAGCCGUGCGACUUCUGAACAGCAAGAAAACACUACACCUCUCCCGUCGGAUUCUGAGGAUGAGCCAGUGAAUUCGAGACCAAGCACCCCAAAACGUCAACGUAUCGCGCCGGAAAGCUUGCCAUUAGGAUUAGAUCGAGGAGACUUCCAUCUUUUGCAUUUACAGCAACAACCGCAAUCAAGCGAUCACAUCUUGCAGAGUGUAGAGGGCAAUGAGGAGUGGAGCACAGAAGAAGAUCGCAUGCUCGUGGAACUGGUACUGGAGAAACUGAAACUCAGUAAGAGUGACUGGCAGGACUGCGCGAAAAGUCUGGGCAAAGAUCGCGGAAGUGUAGGGAAGCGGUGGAAGAGUCUGAUGGGUGCCGGUGACGUGGGACUGAAGAGGGGUGCGCCGAGGAGAGCGAAGUUACACGGGACGUGGAGAUGA